AUGGCUUCACUUUCGUUUCUCCUCUUUGGCCUGGCCGUCCAACUCGUCGCCGGCCAAACACCAGGCAACACACCCGAGGUGCAUCCCAGGCUGGAUACCUUCCGAUGCACUGUUCUCGGUGGCUGCAAGAAGCACACAAAUUACAUCGUCGCCGAGUCAAGCCAGCACCCGAUCCACCAGGCCACAAACAAUCUUGGCUGCGGUAACUGGGGAGAGAAGCCAAACAGCACCGUGUGCCCCGAUGCUGCAUCUUGCGCCAAGAACUGUAUCAUCGAGGGAGUCCCGGAUUAUCAAGUCCAGGGAAUCAGCACAUCCGGCACUGAGCUCCGCCUCCAGCAGAUGCACAACAACCUGACAGUUUCUCCCAGAGUCUACCUUCUUGAUGAGAACAAGCAAGAAUACGACAUCAUGUAUCUCACCGGCUCUGAAUUGACCUUUGAUGUCGAAAUGUCAAAGCUGCCGUGUGGCAUGAACAGCGCUCUUUACUUCUCUGAGAUGCUCAAGGAUGGUGGCAAGAGCCUCAGCCCACACAACAAGGCUGGUGCGUACUAUGGUACUGGCUACUGCGAUGCCCAGUGCUUUGUGACCCCAUUCAUCAACGGAGUGGGUAACAUUGAUGGCUAUGGGUCAUGCUGCAAUGAGCUCGAUAUUUGGGAAGCAAACUCUCGAGCUACUCACAUUGCGCCUCACCCAUGCAACCAGACCGGCCUCUAUGAAUGCACCGGCGAUGAGUGCGGUUCUGAGGGUGUAUGCGACAAGCCCGGCUGUGGAUGGAACCCUAACCGCCACAAUAACACUGACUACUAUGGACGUGGCGGCUCUUUCAAGGUCGAUAGCACCCGAAAGUUCACAGUGGUGACCCAGUUCCUAGCCGACAAGAAUGGUCACCUCACAGAGUUGCACCGACACUAUGUGCAGGACAACAAGAUUAUUGAAAGCGCAGUUGUGACUCUCCCCGGAGUCCCCAACGUCAACUUCAUUAACGACGAAUACUGCGUAGCUACCGGCGCCAACGCAUUCACACGCCUCGGCGGCAUGAAAGGAAUGGGUGAAUCCAUGACCCGCGGCAUGGUUCUCGUCAUGAGUCUCUGGUGGGACGAAGGUGGCUUCAUGAACUGGCUUGACCAGGGCGAGGCCGGACCUUGCAAUGCCACCGAGGGCAGCCCAGCCAAUAUUCUCAAGAUCCAGCCCAACCCGGAGGUGACUUUCAGCAACAUCAAGAUUGGAGAGAUCAACUCGACCUUCUCUGUAGGCUCGGGGUACAGACGGGAUGGGUUUGCAAGGGGAUUGGAGAAGGGUCAUGUGAGACAUCACCUUCACCAGCAUCAGCGCCGAGGCAGCUUCUAA